AUGAGAUAUUCCCUCCUUCCCUCAGUCCAUGGUCUACCCAUUGGGGAGCAGAUGGCUAAUCAAGCAGCAGCACCUCUCAAUUGCCUGCAGGAGUCCUGGAGCCUUGCGUGCAAGCCGAGCCCUAACCCAGGGCUUAACAUAAACUUCGGGCUCUCAGGUCAUUGGGAAAUAACAGGCAUCUGGGAUCCCACCUCCCUGACCAGGGAACGAACCCCUGAGUUGGAAGGUAAAGUCUUAAUCACUGGACCACCAGGAAAUCCCUACAAUUCAGCUCUGAAGCCUCCAAAAGGCUGGUUGGAGUGGGAGAAGGUGUCCAUUCUGUCCCUGUGCUUCAUCUAA